AUGUGAGGCAUCUACUAUGACAGUGCUUUCUAACAGGAAGUGUGUGCAGCUUGUGGCUAUAUAAUGAGCUAGUGCAGCUCCUUGCAUCAGUCAAGUUUAUUAAGCAGCAAAAUUACAAGAUUUCAACAACUACACCUCAUAUAAGUCAUCAGCAGAGCCAUGAAUCAGAUUGACGCUGCAACCUUGCACCUGUGGACACAGUUCUCGGACCUCAGAAUGAGUCCGUCCACCUCCCCCCACUCCCGUCACAGCCUCAGCUCCUCACUCUCACACUCGCACUCCUCGACAUCUUCACCGAAAUCUCUCAGCCCCGACAUCACCGUCAUGGCUGAUCAAUCCAAUGUGGACGCUCUAACUGUGGAAGAGAUUGACCUAGAGCGUCGCUGUCUGGGUACCCUCACAGACUGUCUCCGCUCCAUAAUCUCGUAUGCCCAUUCCUCGUACAAAGUUCCUAUCUCGUUCCAGGUCAAACGAUUUGACCGGGCUCACGGGCAGGUGUGGGUCAAAGUGAGUCCAGAUGAGGUUCCCGAAGGAUUCGACCUCAAGUACCUGCUACAGCACAUUAAGUUUUACGAGAACAUUCCUCGCUAUGCAGAGCUUCUUGGAGUGGAAGACUACAAGCUGAGGAGCACCUGUCAGUUCUUCCUUGAUCUGCAGAGUAAAACUGCUAGCCAAAAGUCGGAGGUGAAUUUCGGUGAGAUUUCUCGAGUUCGUGACACCAUCUGUCGCUCGAUAAAGUGGGUACAAGAGAUGAUGAGCAUCGGUAUCAGCGAUCGUGAUGUUGUACAACAGUUGAAGGAGGGCGUGUACAGACUACGAGAGUUGACUGUAGCUGUGGAUAAAUUUCUGGCCUUCCAGCACAAUCAGAGCGAUGUCGUUCGAAUGACCAGCUCCUGGUUCCCUGAGAAACAGCGACAAGCUGCUCGUAGUAUUCACCAUCAAAUGCAACACCUUCUUCAAGAUCCCGAGGUGGUCAAGUACGUACUGAAUGUGGUCGGGCCUCGUCUUGGUUUGGUUCCGUUCCAGUUUACUCCCCCGACUCCUGGCCCCCUCCUCUCAUAAAGUGGAACUGUAGUAUUGUGUUAUGAACCUAACCCCCUUCCAACACAUCAUGUGCUGUGGUAUUUUUGUGAAAUAAUUUGCUUUCAGAUUUGUUGUGGAAUUAGUUAUAUAAUUAUACAGUAGUCACAUUAAUUACAGUUUGUUCAAUAGUCAGCAGGUAACCAUACAGCAGUAUCAUUCACGUUUCAUCUUGUUCAACCAUGUUGCAUCAGUUUAAAGUCUGUUUUUUGACACAUUAAUAUUGUCAUAAUUGUGUCAUUGUAACCUAGCUUGCAUUUAUUAUUUCGAGGAUAAAAUCAUUUUUUUGUGUUUAUUCUAAGCACCUGGGUUGUUUCUAUUCUGCUAUUGAAAGUGUGAUAAUGUUAUUGAAUUGUUAA